AUUAAAUGUUUUGGAUUCGUUAAGUUUGUGGAAAAGGUUCUUGCAUUUGUCUUUAGUACAAAUGUUUUGGAUCAUUGAUUCUGCAACUUAGUAAUUGGCAUUUGUAGCAAUGAAUAUACUCAGUCCCUAAUAAAGACAUGAGCAACUUUCUAACUCUCUAGAGGUUGAUUUUGGGUCCAUCAGGAAAGAUCCAUACUUUUGUUCUUUGCAUUUGUACGAACAUAAAUUUCCAGGUCCUUGGAAACUCAACCUUGAACAAUGUCAGGGAUAAGCAUCGUUUGAUUUGAACCUAUAAAUAGACCCUCCUUCACCAGUGUCACCACUACAAGUUUCAGAGCAACUUCGACCACCAUAGAGAGCUAGCCAUGGGUGUCACAACUUACAGCGAUGAGUACACUUCCCCAAUCCCACCAGCCAGGCUGUUCAAAGCCUUGAUUGUUGACUCUCACAAUCUGAUCCCAAAGCUUAUGCCAUUGGCUGUUCAGAGCAUUGAAAUCACUGAAGGUGAUGGAGGAGCUGGAAGCAUCAGGCAGAUCAACUUUGCUGAAGGUAGCCAAGUUAAGUGCAUCAGGAACCGGAUCGAAGAGCUCGAUGAAAAGAAUUGUUCAUACAAAUACAGUCUGAUUGAAGGCGACGGGUUGAUGGACAAACUGGAGAAAAUUACGUACGAUGUUAAGUUUGAGCCGACAGCAGAUGGGGGUAGCAAGAACAAGAUGACAAGCACUUACUACACCAAGGGUGAUUUCGUGCUUACUGAAGAGGAGAUUAAGACUGGCAAGGAAAAGACCUUGGCUAUGUACAAAGUUGUGGAAGGCUAUCUCAUUCAGAACCCUGAUGCUUAUGCUUAAUCAAUUUAAACUCUGAUAAAAAUUUCUUUUCCAAAUGAUGAUCGAAGGGGUUUUUCCUCCAUGUUUGCUUUUGUUACAGCACUCCAGCUUUUUAGCUUUGGGUCUGGCUAUGAUUGCCUUAAUAAGGAUCUUCCAGAUGUGGGCUUGGUUUGUAAUGUUUCAUCCUUCAAUGUGCAGGGGGACAUUUAUACUUGUCCCUCUUUUUUAUUGGAUUCUCUAAACUCCUGCUUUUAAGU